AUGGAAAACACUGUGGAAUUCGUGGAUACUUCGAAUUCGCCGAGCUCUUCAUCCUCACGGUCCUGGACUUUGCCUAACAUUUCCGCUCGCAAUGAGGCCAUCACCAAUAUCCUUUUCCUAGAUUCUGUGUGCGUUUCCAAAGCUUUCCACUCCGAAGGUUUAGGGCAGACCACUGCUCUAGAGGUCCCGCAGCUUCCAUCUCUCCCUCCACUCAGUUCUACCCCUUCUCUGUCUCCUGCGCCCGAGAAACAAUGCCAGAAGCACAUCCCUCGCCCACUCAAUGCUUUCAUGCUUUACCGCUCGGAUUUACUCAAGAAAAAACAAAUACCCCCGAAUGUCGAGAGACGUCAACAAGCUCUCAGCAGCCUUGCCGGCCAAUGUUGGAACAUGCUGGCCCCUGAAGAGAAACAAAAGUGGCAAACCAAAGCUGCAGAGACUUAUCGAUUACAUCAGCUCAAGUAUCCCGAUUACAAGUUUUCCCCGUCUCCCAAGGGUAGCGGCCGAAAAGGGAAAGGCAAGAACACUGUCUCCGAGUCUGCGGUACGAGCUUUGAGGGAGAAAUAUGUUCAUAUGCCCGGACCAACCGUACCUCCUGCACGCCGACGCCGGGGUAAGAAGGCGAAAAAGGACGCUCUUAAAGACGAACAACCGUCUGACGUGGAGACACCUUCGGAGGCAUCUAUUACUCCUUCAUUGUCUCCUGUUAUAGCACCAUUACCGCCGUGGCCAGCACCAGUCUACCCGUUCCCACACCCUGGCUCGAACAGUGGCGAAGGUGCCACUCUUCCGCCCGACUUUCCGUCCCCUUCACUCCCCAUUUACUUUGCAGAUAGGCGGCAGAUGUCAACCGGUCCCAGCUCUUCGAUGAGCUCUGUGGAUCCAUACUUCACCCAGCUGCCGGCCAGUCCACUGUCUGUCCCAUUGUCAGUUCCAAGAUACGAUAUGACCUUUCAGGGAUAUGUUACACCCUCUUUCUAUAAUGAUGGCUAUCACUAUACCGAAUCCUACGGGGCAGUCGAAACCGAUGCGUGCACCAAAAAUAUCGAUCCCCUCCACUGCAUGAUGCCGUUUACCACCGUCGACCCGAAUGGGAUUUCAGAGCAAUCAUUCCGGUACUCUCUCACCACGAAUGAAACUGAAAUGCCCUCCCUCAUUCCCAUGAUCCCGUCCUCCUCCGAUUUUGGGCAGCAAACAUACGCGUUCUCCUCGGAUAACCCCGCAUACCUCACAUACCUGUGA